AUGCUGGCAAGAAAAGGAACAAAAAAGAAAUGUUCAAGCAAGCAGGGUAAAUGCACGACCCAGGUAAAUAACCACGCAGGUCAAAAGGUCAAGGUGCCAGUGAAAAGACAAGGCAAGUCAGCCCGAUACCACUUUCCCGACGGGCUUUUCCCCUCCGUGUGCCUGUCUGUGUCCUUUUGCGCCAAGUCUGCGUCUGCGUCUGCGUCUGCAUGCACUUGUGCUUGUACUUUCACUUGUGCCAGUACCAGCAAAGUAUCGGACCAGACUAGACCUGCACGCUGUGGGUUGUGGUUUGUGGGCUUUUUAAAUCCACUUCUCUCCAGUCACUCAAAACUCAUCCGUCUCGUCGCAAGCUGCAGCGAGCAACUUAAAGUAACGUGUCUCCUUCUGCGUUCAAUGAGGGGAAUUGUGCGCCACCGUACGGAGUACGGAGUAGCAAGCAAGAAAACACCACGCCUGCCUUAUGCACCAGACGACAAGGAUGUGGCUGUGGGAAGGAAAAGGAUGACACUCGCCGGGCCGAUCGAAGCGGGAUAA